CCUGCUGCUGCCUGGAGAUGACGGUGGAGAUGACGAGGAGGCUGCUGGCGCUGGCUGCUCUGCUGGUGGCAGGUCUGAGCAAGGAGGCGUUUGAGGGCCAUCAGGUGCUUCGGAUCCUCCCAAAGAAUGACGCUCAGCUUUGGCUCAUCAAAGACCUGGAGGACACGAUGGAGUCUGAGCUGGACUUCUGGAGGGGGGUGACAGACAUAUAUUCUCCUGUGGACGUCAGAGUUCCCUUCCAAAGUCUACAGUUUGUCAAAAGUUACUUGGAGAGCCAAAACAUCAGAUACUCCACCAUGAUUGAAGACCUGCAGGCGUUACUGGAUGAGGAGCAGAAGGAGCUGGACGCAGGUCGUGUUGUUCAGCCCAGGACCACGGACCAGUUCGACUACUCCAGAUACCACAACCUCAGUGAGAUCUACAGUUUCCAGGACAUGCUGGUGGCGGAGAAUCGCAAACUGGUCAGCAAAACGUCGAUCGGUCAGAGUUUCGAGGGCCGCCCCCUCAAUGUGCUCAAGUUCAGCACUGGUGGAACCAACCGUCCCUCCAUCUGGAUCAACACUGGGAUCCACGCCAGGGAGUGGGUCAGUCAGGCCAGCGGCACCUGGUUCGCCAAGAAGAUUGUGAGCGAUUAUGGCCGUGACCCCGCACUCACUGUGAUCCUCAACAACAUGGACAUCUUCCUGGAGAUUGUGGCCAACCCUGACGGCUAUCAGUACACCCACACCACCAACCGGCUGUGGCGUAAGACCAGAAAGCCCGACCGUAGAUCCCGGUGUGUUGGGGUGGAUCCCAACAGGAACUGGGACACGGGUUUCGGAGGACCCGGUUCCAGCAGCAACCCCUGCUCACAGACCUACCGUGGACCCAGUCCUCACUCCGAGUCCGAGGUCAAGUCCAUCAUGGACUUUGUUCGGUCCCAUGGCGACAUCAAGGCCUUCAUCUCCAUCCACUCCUACUCCCAGAUGCUGCUGUACCCCUACGGCUACACCAGGACCCCCGCCAGGGACCAGGCAGAGCUGCGGAGACUGGCUCAGAGAGCCGUCACCAGCCUGGCCUCCUUGUACAGGACUCGCUACAGAUACGGCAGCAUCAUCAACACCAUCUACCAAUCCAGCGGCGGCACCGUUGACUGGACGUACGACCAGGGCAUCAAGUACUCGUACACCUUCGAGCUGAGGGACACCGGCCGCCACGGCUUCCUCCUGCCGGCCAAUCAGAUCGUCCCCACGGCCCAGGAGACGUGGCUGGCCGUGAUGGCCAUCGUGGACCACACCUACAAGAACCCGUACUGAUGUUUUCCUUCAGCGUUUGUUUUAAGCUUCAACUUUAAAAUGCAAGAAUGUUCUUUUAAUUGGGUCAUAUAAGUAAGUUGUGUCUUCUUUGUUUUGUUGGAGUUGGAAAUGUGAAGUAAUGUCUUC